AUGACAGAAGAGCCUGGAUUUAUUCGAUCCAAACUACAAUCACAUUUCGCACCAGAAAAAGGUGUUGAGCACAACGUUCUCUGGGAAGCUUUAUGGAAGGAGGGAUAUCAUCCAUGGGACAGGAAUUCACCGAAUCCAGCACUCAUUGAUCUUCUGAACGAACCUCGAGAAAUCUUGCCAUCGAGUCACAAAGCGGUCAAAAGGAAAGCAUUAGUUCCUGGUUGUGGUAGAGGUUAUGAUGUCCUUUUACUAGCCGCACAUGGAUACGAUUCACACGGACUUGAUACGUCAGGUACCGCCAUAAUAGAAGCGAAGAAGCUAGAGGCGCAGCUAUUUGGAUACGGAGUAUAUGCAACAGGAGAAGGAAUUCACCCUGGGAACAUAACCUGGACAGAAGGAGACUUUUUCGGCGUCGACACCUUUCGACGCCAAGAAAGUGAAGAUAAAUAUGAUUUAAUCUAUGACUACACAUUUCUCUCUGCCUUGCCGCCAACCCUGAGACCUGCAUGGUCAAAGCGCAUGGUGGAAUUACUCGCGAAGGGUGGUAGACUCGUCUGUGUUGAAUUCCCAACCUACAAACCCCAUUCAACGGGUGGGCCGCCUUGGGCUUUGCCGCCCAUAAUCUACGAAGCUCACUUGACGAGACCAGGAAGAGACCUAGAAUAUGAUGAGGUCAUAGGUUUACUAGAACAGAAAAUGGGCGAUCCUGAUAGACAUGGUCUACGGCGUAUAGCUCAUUUUCAGCCGGUUAGAACGCAUGAAGUUGGCUACAAUAGUGAUGGAAAGGUGACAGAUUGGAUUAGUAUUUGGGCUCAUGCCAUUGGACAAUGA